AUGUAUCGGCAGAUUGAAGUUGAUGAGGCAGAUACAAAUUAUCAAAGCAUCGUUUGGAGAACCGAUACUAAAAAACCGAUAGAAGAUUACAAAUUACUUACCGUUACCUUCGGGACCUCUUGCGCUCCCUACUUGGCCAUCAAAACCUUACGUCAAGUUGCGAUAGAUGAGGGUCAAGAGUAUCCUGAAGCACAGCGUAUCAUAUUGGAAGAUUUCUACAUGGACGACGUUCUGUCGGGGCAUGAAACAGAAGAGCAAGCUAAAAGAAAUCAGAAAGAAAUUACAGCAAUUCUCAAAAAGGGUGGGUUUGAACUUCAAAAGUGGAGUUCAAAUAGUGAAGCCUUCAUGCAAGAGAUUGAACCUGUAAAACGAUCUCCAAAGGCCCAAAGAGAAGUAGAUGGAAGAGACAGUAUUAAGACUUUGGGUAUAAUUUGGAACACUAAAGAAGACAAAUUGCAAAUUACGAAUAAUUUGAAAGACUUACCUGAACAACCAGCCACGAAGCGGAAUGUUUUAGCAGAUAUAGCAUCAUUAUUUGAUCCGAUGGGUUGGCUGGCGCCUGCAGUAGUCAUCGCUAAAACAUUCAUGCAGAAAUUAUGGCAAUUAGGUGUUAGUUGGGAUGAAGAACUCGCAGCUGAAGUGAAGGAAGAGUGGAUGAAGUUUAGAAAUGAGAUUCCUGCACUGACAGAAGUAAAGAUAAAUCGCUGGGUACACACAAAUGCAGACAGAAGUUCGAUUGAGGUUCAUGGAUUUUCUGAUGCCUCGAUGAGCGCUUACGCAGCAGUAAUAUACAUCCGAGCCAUCGACACAGACGGGCAAGUACAAGUAUCUCUACUCACGGCUAAAACGAAAACAGCCCCUUUGAAGCAAAUAUCCAUGCCAAGAUUAGAGAUGUGCGCAGCUGUUCUGCUGUGUAGACUCCUGAAACACGUU